AUGACAUCUACUAGUGCUACUUUGGUUGGCAAGAUUGAUGCUGGUGAUCCAUUGUUUCUUCAUCCUAGUGAUUCUGCAAAUUUGACAAUUGUUAGUGUUAAACUUAAAGGGUUAGAAAUUAAAAUUAUAGAAUUUGGUCAAAUGCUAUGCAUCUUGCACUGCAGAAUUGCCUCAGAUGUGUGGAAAGAUUUAAAGGAAACUUAUAAUAAGAUAGAUGGGUCUGUUGUGUUUAAUUUAUAUCAAAAGAUUAACUCCUUUAGUCAAAAUGGCAUACUUGUUUCUGAGUAUUAUCGUAAGUUGAAUUGUAUGUGGAAACAAUUGGAUCAGUUACUUGCUUUACCUGCUUGUUCUUGUGAUGCAUAUAAACAAUUUAAUGAUUUUAAUCAUCUUAUUAAGCUUAUGCAGUUCUUAAUGGGUCUUGAUAGUUCGUACCAGUCUGUGAGAACUAAUUUGUUAACCAGAGAAACCAUUCCUUCUGUUAAGGAUGCUUUUUCAAUCAUCUCUAGAGAAAAGUCACAUCUUCAUUCAAAAAAUAUUUCUGAUAAAACUCUAAACAAUGCUACUGCUCAUACUAUUGAAAAGUGUUUUGAACUUGUUGGCUAUCCUUCUUGGAUGAAGUCAAAACCUAGUGCGAACAAGGGUAACAAGGUUAGUAAUAAUGAUUCUGCUGAUACUACUGAUACUUCUUCUGCUGUAGGGUGGAUAGUUGAUUUUGGUGCUAAUCAAAACAUGGUAAUGACUGAUGAGUGUCUGAUUAGUCAAAAGGAUGUAUCUGAAUUUAACAUUAAGGUUUCUCAAACAAAGAAAGUCCAGGUGACUGGUAGUCAGUUUGAUGGUCUAUACUUCUGUGGUAGUUCUUUUGUUUCUAAUAAGGUUUCUAAUUCUAGUUGUGAUAUUAAUCUUAGGCAUGCUAGGUUAGGUCACCCUGCUGAACCUGGAGCUAAGCAGCAUAGAGAACCUUUUCCCUUAAGUGAUCAUAAAACUAUGGAAUUAGGAGAUCUUAUUCAUCUUGAUGUUUCGGGUCCUUAUAGAGUUCAAAGUAGGGAUGGUUUUAGAUAUUUUCUUACUGUCGUUGAUGAUUACACUAGAGCUGUGGAUGUUAGGUUUUACGAAACUGUGUUUCCUUUUAAAGAAAAGAAAGCAUAUUCUGAUCUUGAGACUCCAUCUGAAGUUAACAUCCUCAAUUUUUUUUAUUUAUCUGAUUUAAACUUUACUCAAGGCCCUCAAGUUGACCCAACUCCCAAUGAUGAGAAUACGCAAACUAGUACUUCAACAUGCCAUGGGUCUGAGCAGUCUGGAACUGAUUCAGAGAUUGCUUUAGGUAUGGCUGUUAAUCAGCAACCUAGCAAUGUAGAAUCAGAUUCGGACGGCUGA